GUUUAGGUUGUGAUUGUUGACGCACGCGUUCCCCCCACACGAGCGCAGUUCCAUCGGUCCGCUCUGUCCGCCGCUCUGUCUCUAAAAAACUGCUCUAAAGCGUUUUCAGCCGGGGCAUCAUGAAGAGGAAGUAAUGUGCACGGCUCUGGGAAGACUCUAAAGCCACAAGUGAAAGGCGCUGACGUCACAGCUGACUACAAGCUGAAGUCUGAUUGGAGGAAUGGAGCAGUGGCCCGUCCUGCACCAGUGAUCAGGGAGACUGCAGCGGUGCCAUCCUGUGGAUCCACAUCACUGGAGCGUGUGGAGGAAGUUGUCGUGUGGCUGGAGCUGAAGACGGCUGUAAAUGAGCACGUCCUUGUAGAAGGCUUUUAAGUCAUGAUGCAAGAAUCUAGGACGGAGGCGACGAGCAAUGGACAGGCCAAUCAAAAUGGAGCAUCGAGUGCAGAAGGGGGGUCCAGAGAGGGGCAGCCCGACAGCUCCCCGCCAUCAGCAGAGGUGACUACAGCCGACCUCCUGCAUCUCCAGCACCACCAGGCCCUUCAGGUGGCUCGACAGAUCCUCCUCCAGCAGCAACAACAGCCUCAGUCUCAACCAAACACAGGCCGUAAAUCCCCCAAGACCAACGACGCUCAGCCCAACAUACAGGUUCCAGUGUCAGUGGCUAUGAUGACACCUCAAGUGAUCACUCCGCAGCAGAUGCAACAGAUCCUCCAGCAGCAGGUCCUGAGCCCACAGCAGCUCCAGGUUCUCCUCCAGCAGCAGCAGGCCCUCAUGUUACAGCAGCAGCAACUUCAAGAGUUUUACAAGAAGCAGCAGGAACAACUCCACCUCCAGCUCCUCCAGCAGCAGCAUGCAGGCAGCAAGCCCAACAAAGAGCCGCAGGUGUCGGCUCAGCAGUUGGCCUUCCAGCAGCAGCUCCUCCAAGUGCAGCAGGUCCAGCAACAACACCUGCUCAACCUCCAGAGACAGGGCCUCCUGAGCAUCCAGCCGGGCCAGGGCAGCCUGCCCCUGCACCAGCUCACUCAGGGCAUGAUUCCAGCCGAGCUGCAGCAGCUGUGGAAGGAGGUGACGAACACUCAUGUGAAGGAGGAGCACAACAACGGCAACAACAACGGCCACAGGGGGCUGGACCUGUCCUCCCCCACCCCCCCAAAGAACCCCCUGCUCAGCCAGCACGCCCCCACCAACGGACAGUACCUGAGUCACAAGAGGGAAGGGUCCACACUAGAAGAGCAUUCUUCUCACAGUCACCCUCUGUACGGGCACGGCGUCUGCAAGUGGCCUGGCUGUGAGGCGGUCUUUGAUGAUUUCCAGUCAUUCCUAAAGCAUCUCAACAAUGAGCACGCCCUGGACGACCGGAGCACAGCCCAGUGUCGAGUCCAAAUGCAGGUCGUCCAACAGCUGGAGCUCCAGCUAGCGAAAGACAAAGAGCGUCUCCAGGCCAUGAUGACGCACCUUCAUGUCAAGUCCACGGAGCCCAAAGCCGCGCCACAGCCGCUUAACCUGGUGUCCAACGUCACACUGUCCAAGACGGCCCCCGAGGCGUCCCCUCCUCUGAGCUUGCCGCACACGCCCACCACCCCCACCGCCCCCCUCACCCCUCUGUCCCAAACGCACUCUGUCAUCACCGCCAACAGCUUACACAGUGUGGGACCCAUGCGAAGACGCUACUCUGACAAAUACAACAUGCCCAUCUCUCCAGAUCUCAGCCAAAACAAAGAAUUUUACAUGAAUGCAGAUGUUAGGCCUCCGUUCACAUACGCCUCACUAAUAAGACAGGCUAUCCUGGACUCUCCAGAAAAGCAGCUAACACUAAAUGAAAUCUACAACUGGUUCACACGAAUGUUUGCAUAUUUCAGACGCAACGCUGCAACGUGGAAGAAUGCAGUCCGGCAUAAUCUUAGUCUUCACAAGUGUUUUGUUCGAGUAGAAAACGUAAAAGGGGCUGUGUGGACAGUGGACGAAAUAGAGUUCCAAAAGAGACGGCCUCAAAAGAUCAGUGGAAGUCCGGCCUUAGUGAAGAACAUUCAGACUAGUUUGGGCUAUGGUCCGACUCUUUCUGCUGCCUUCCAGGCUUCAAUGGCAGAAAACAACAUACCUCUAUACACUACUGCUUCCAUUGGAAGUCCCACCCUCAACUCCCUGGCCAACGCCAUCCGUGAGGAGAUGAACGGAGCGCUGGACCAUGGCAACAGCAACGGCAGUGACAGCAGCCCGGGACGCUCGCCCCUGCCAGCUAUGCACCACAUCAGCGUUAAGGAGGAACCACUGGACCCUGAUGACCACGAAGGCCCGUUGUCCCUAGUAACGACUGCAAACCACAGUCCGGACUUCGACCACCACAGGGACUACGACGACGAGCCGGGACACGAGGACAUGCUGUAGGCACCUGCAGUCUGUCUCACCUGCCCGGGACACUGUAUCAGAGCGGGGCAAACGCAGAACUGCAGUCUCCAAUAGACUUUUUGUGCCAUUAGAGAGACCUAUGACAGCCCCAAGACGGCUUUGUUUUUUGAUUACUUUCUAUGUUUUUAUUUUCUACACAUGGACAUAUUUUGGUACGGGCAGUUUUGGUGGUCAGAAUUGCCCCACGCGAAGUUGCCCCUUUUGCCACGCAGCCAAAGACGGACUGCUGCACCGCUGGACUGCAAAGGGGUGUCACGUCUCCCCCACCUUUUUUUUUUCUUUCUCUCUCUCUCUCUCUCUCUCUCUCUCUUUCACUCAAGAGAGAAUUGAGUGACAUUUAAUUUACACCAAGAGGGAGAGCAAGUGUGUAUUCAUUGUCACUGCCUUCAACACUUCUCAUUGGUUUGAUUCCAUAUUGGGUGGGUGGGGUGUUUCUUUGAUUCGUUGAUAGAUUAUAAAAGAUAUCAUUUGCGUCUAUUUUCUGUCGUUCAUGCUGUUAUCAAUGUGGCAUCUUUUUAUUUUUUUAUUUUUUUUAUUUGUCGUGUCGUGUCUUGAAACAGAUCAGACCUCAUGCCCAAGCUGUGGAGAUUCUGUGGUCAGCACUUGAUAAUGAAUGUUGAUUUCUUUAUCCUUACUUGUUGUCUUUAAAAAAAACAAAAAAAACGCAAAAACAUAAUCGAAUGUCACGUACCAACUAGUAUUUUCUCGAGUCGUCGCCCUGACACCACCUGCACCUCGCCCUCCCGCUCGCAAAAGUCCGCUGGCGAUGCACUACCCCGUAAUGAAGGCUCUCUCCACGCAUCAAUGAAGUUUAAUUUAAGAUGCCAAUGAAUGACAGAGAAAUCAUGCAGGUUAUGAUUUAUCCUUAUGAAAUUGUACUUUAAAACAGCCCCCCUCCACGGUAGAGCGCGUCGAGCCGCAACACAAUUUCUGAUCACCGUCUAAGGCUUUUUAAAAGAAAAAAAAAAUCUAAUGAAAACGUCAGGUAUAAUGGUUUAGACCAGCUAAUUGUGAUUCUGAAAACGCAACAGUUAAUCAGACUAGUUUCUUCCAUGCUUUGACGUGACUGGGUUGAGGACGUGCAUCAUUCCCUGUGUGUGAUGGUUUAUUUUGUUUGUUUUUUUUCCAGUUUUUUUUACAUCUCAUGCAUGGAUAUUUUGUGUUUUAACUGUACAAAGAUGAAAUGCUCAUUUUACUUUACAGAAGUAAAAACGCCAAAUAACUGCGAUAAGAAAAAGACCAGAAUAUUGCACAUUCCAGCCAAAAUCUAGAGUACAGUCCACUGAAGCACUAGUCUACUUGUGUACUAAUACUACUGCAUUUAAGGUUUUGGAAUAAAUAUUAAGUACAGCAUUCAGUAAAUAAAAUAAAUGCAGUAGAUUAAUACAUCUGAAAGAGAAUUAGUGCACUUUUAGAUGAGGCGUAAGAGUUCUGUUCAUCCAAAAACAAAUCAUGUACGGGGUUACAUCACAAUCCUAAAAAGACCACAAUACCUAGACUGCAAUCAACCACUUUCCUUAUUUAUUAUUUUGAGUAUUUUUAAUAUUUUUUAUUGUUGAUAUUUUUGGAAUACCUGUGACUACCAAAGAUUAUGUCUGUACUGCAAUAGCAGAUCAGUCCAAAUAUAUCUGGUCCAUUGGAUGUGUCAGUUGCUGUGGAGCCGCUGAGGUGGUGGAAUGAGCUCCUCAAAUGUUCUCAUUAGUUUUGUUCAAACCAAAAGGCUGAGGGUGUGAGGGGACAGGACAGCUGUACCAAUGUUUGGAGUGACCAAAAGUGAAAAGAGUCUGCUUACAGUUGACAAAACAAAAUUAUGACCAAAUUCCACCAAGUUCCACAUUAGGUUUGUUUUUUUUGAUAAACUGGUAAUUAACAGGAAGCUUUGGAAAUGAAAGCACGGUUUCUUCAGUUUUGACCAUUUUUUCUUGUAUAUUUCAAAUAGUUUUGUUGUGGUAAUAAGUUGUAUUUCACACUAGCCUCAAAAUCAACCUGAAUUAGACAUAUUUGUUCAUGGAUUGGGCCAGGGUCGUUCUGUAUUCAUGAAAUACAAUUUUCUCAGAAUGUAUGCAUUACACACAAUGGGCUAAAUAGUGGUCAGCUCAGUCAGUUUGAUAUUUUGACAAGAAGUCUAGAUGUUUCCACAAAGUUACCCCUGGGCCAGUUAUGAUUCCAGAUAGUUUAGUCUCAAACUUAUAUCUUUUUAGUGGGAAUGCAGCCAACAACUAUUUUUCUUUUUAUGUCAUUUGUCAAAAUUAAAACGCUCUGGUCCAUUUUUUUGCCUAUACAAUUAGAUCCAUCUUUCUUUUUUGCUCCUAAGGUAAGGACUUGUGUGUAAUCUGCAGAGUGGGGCUGGGGCAGGACCGUGAGAACAGGGGCGAGCUCUCCCCAAACCUCACUCACAUCCCGGGGCAGGAGGCGCUGGUCGAGUCCAAACAUUCUCAGCAUGUGCAGCCUGACAUUACUAAAGAUAACAGCAUGAGAAAACGGUUAGCGUGCAUACCUCAGUUCAAACCUAUAGGGAAUGACUCAAUUAAGCAUAAAAAAGAACAUUUCACUCACUUGCACUUGGCUGUAUGUAUUGCAUGUGUAGUCCAAUUCAGAUCUCAGGCUUUUUGUUGAUACGCCGUAUCCUGUCCCACUGGGUUGUUUUGGAGGGUUGUACAUACAUGUCUGCAUUGUCUUCUCCUGUCGUCUCCUCUUGUCACUUUUUUUAUCUGAAAAUACAUUUGUGUUAUGAUGUUUGCUUAUGCCUUUGUAUUACCUGAAAUAGCUAUGAGAAAACUACUGUAUGUAUUGGAUAUAGCAAACUGUGCUGCAAAUGUAUUUUACUUAGCUAUCUUUAAGCAGACUUGUGGGUGAGCGGGGCUGGGGCAGCUGUAAUAUAGACAGAUUUUCUCUGUUUUCACUGACCGAAGCAUUUUGUAUAGAUUUUCUUUAGUUUGUUUUGAUACUUCCUUUUAAAGGUCCAAGCACUGCCUUCUGUCGGCCGUGUGCUCUAAGUGCGUCUCAGUGAAGAUUGAGACUUCUUGCAUGACUUAUCCCAGGGUCACAGCAGAACGGGGGUUUAAGUGGUCAGUAAUAAUAUAAGGGUGUAACAUUCUACUAUUUUAUAUGAAAUAAAUAGGAAAAUGAAGAAAAAUAUGCAGUGCCAAGAUGUAAAGAAUAUUGUUAAACAUUGUUUUUUGUUCUCUUGGAGAGUUCCCUCAUUUAUGCAUCAAAGAUGUGUCCUCCAUGCCACAACUGUAGUACAUAUUUUCUUCCUUUUUGACUUUAGGGUCAUUGUAAAUGAGUCCUAUCAAGCACAGAAAAAUCAGUCGAGCACAGGUCAAAGGUCAAAACAUGGAUGCAUCAUGAGAACUGGAUUUCAUACUCUAAUUAGUGGCUCUAGUCCUAGACAAAAAUAGAGAACAUACUACAUUCCAAAGAAUACAGAUCUUAAAAAUCUUACAAAAUACCACAUAUUUACCAUCACAUUUUUUCUCCCAAGGUGACCUGCUAGAUAUAAAGUUUAGUCUAGUCAUUUCAGUAAAAACCCCAAAUCAUAUAAUACUGUAAUCUGAAUUUAAAUAUGCUUCCAGUACAUUUUUGGCUCUUAUCCAGUUCUUAUAAUCCAUACAUGGUGCAGAGUCACAUGGUGAUAGAGGUGUGUCUGCUGGACCACAGGCUCCGCCCACACCUCUACUGCACCAUUAACUGUCCUUGGUCCCUCAUCACAGAGCGGUCCAUAGAGUGGGGGAGGGGUCUGUCACGCCAAUGCAAAUCAUUCUUCUUUUUCUGUUUUUGAAAAUAUACUGUUUCUUUCUGCUGUUUUUUAUUGAGAUUCUGAUGCUCACCUCCAUCUUGAUCAUUCCGGGUGCGUCUGAAGCAGAGCAUUCUAAACAUGCAAUAAAAUGCUGGUUGAUCAGA